GAACACAUGGAUUAAUCAAACCGUCUAAUAAUCUCAUUGAAAUAGUCUCGAUUCAACCUCUGAGUCGAGCACUUCUCCAUAAUCAACACAGCUUUUGCUCAAAAUAUGGUGGAUUUAACCGAGUUAAUCGCCCUGCAGCGCAGAUUUGAACCUGGUAAAGAUAUCGUUUGGAACGUCCGGUGCAGCACGGGACUGCCGAACAUUUGUGAACUCAAAAACAUUAAGCUGUUCACGAAAAGUUUUAUGGACCAGGAGUUGUACCUGCCGGCGACGAAUCUCCGGAUAGUCAACGGCGUGAUACCCAGUUUCGAUUCACGCUUGGCCGGGAUGCUGCGUCCGGAGACCAAAAUCCUCGUCAUCCAAAACUGUUACAUGUGGUUUUUUGUCUUGCGAGCGAUGCUCAAAGUGCUGUUUUUAACAUACAACAUGAUUAGUACGAUUAAAUUGGCUGAAACGGACAGUCACUUUGAAAUGGAAUAUCUGAAACUUAACAAAAAUCAAUUAUCAAAUAUUUCAUUUGUUUCCAAGUUGACAAAAUUAGAACACCUCGAUCUUUCGGAAAACAGAGUGGAAGUUUUGGAGAUCAAAUUAUUUCAAAACCUCUCAAACUUAAGUUUACUCGAAUUGUCCUAUAACCGCAUCAAAACAAUUGAAGCACCCACAAAAAUCCAAUUUCCAGUUCAACUUUUCAAUCUUGGAAACAAUCAACUAUCGGAUCUCAACAUGAAAAACUGGCAUGCCAAAAAUUUAGCCUCCCUGGGAAUUAUCGGCAACAAGUUCCAGUCCCUAAACACAGUCCAGCUGAGCAGAUCCCUCCUAAACAUGUCGAUCUUCCGUUACGACAAAAAUCCGUGGAAUUGUGGCCGUUUAAAAGCGCUCCAAUUCUACCACGAAACGAGACCCCACAAAGUGCACAACCUGAGCAGUUUUGGGUUUGUUCAGUGCGUGGAUGAAAGUGGGGUGAACACGGUGGCUUUCAAGCUGCCGGAACUCGUAGAUCUGACGGAAGAGUCGCUGGAAACUUUAGGGGGCAGCGUUCACAGGUUGAUUGAUGAUCGUGUCGAAAGUGGAAAACUUGCUGAAUGUCAAUCUAGAUUUGGAAGAAUGCAGCAAACGCUGAAAAAGAUGGCCGAAGGAGUAUCCAGAUUAAGAAACAAUUAUAAUAUGGUAAACAGCACCAUCGAAUGGUUAGAUAUUUUCAAGCCGCUCUUAUAA